GGUUGGUUCGGGGUUUUUGGGGCUGCAAGAACCUGAGCAGAGCUGUGAGGCGAAGUGGGGAAGGGAGGGGAAACAGCACUGGUUCUGGGUCCGCAGCUCUCUCGUGUGCCUCCCCGGCUCUUUGCUUGCUGACAUGUGGGCCACCCUGAGGUUAGCCCCGUGGCGGUGCGCACGCGCUGCUGCCCCAGGGCUGCGAGCCUAUCACGGGGACUCGGUGGCCGUGCUAGGCACCCAGCCAGACUCGAGCUCAGCCAUCUACCAGGAAAACUAUGAACAGAUGAAAGCACUAGUAAAUCAACUCCAUGAACGCAUGCAAAAAAUAAGACUAGGAGGUAGCCAGAAAGCCAGAGAACGCCACAUAUCGAGAGGAAAGCUGUUACCCAGAGAAAGAGUCGAUGGUCUGUUGGACCCAGGGUCUCCAUUUCUGGAAUUAUCCCAGUUUGCAGGUUACCAGGUAUAUGGUAAUGAGGAGGUCCCCUCAGGUGGCAUCAUUACAGGCAUUGGGAGAGUGUGUGGAGUAGAAUGUAUGAUUGUUGCCAAUGAUGCCACUGUCAAAGGAGGCACCUACUACCCAGUGACGGUGAAAAAACAUUUACGGGCACAAGAGAUUGCACUGCAAAACAGGCUCCCCUGCAUCUACUUGGUUGAUUCAGGAGGGGCAAACUUACCUCGACAAGCAGAUAUAUUUCCAGACCGAGAUCACUUUGGCCGCAUAUUCUAUAAUCAGGCAAUUAUGUCUUCUAAAAAUAUCGCACAGAUAGCGGUGGUCAUGGGCUCCUGUACGGCAGGAGGUGCUUACGUGCCUGCAAUGGCUGAUGAAAGCAUCAUUGUACGCAAGCAGGGUACCAUUUUCUUGGCCGGACCCCCCUUGGUUAAAGCAGCAACUGGAGAAGAGGUGUCAGCUGAAGAGCUUGGUGGGGCUGAUCUUCACUGCAGAAAGUCUGGAGUCAGUGACAACUACGCUUUGGAUGAUAAUCAUGCCCUUCACUUAACUAGGAAGAUUGUGAGGAAUCUAAAUUAUCAGAAAAAAAUGGAUGUGACCAUCGAGCCUCCUGAAGAUCCUUUAUUUCCUGCUGAUGAACUGUACGGAAUAGUUGGUGCUAACCUUAAGAGGAACUUCGAUGUCCGAGAGGUCAUUGCUAGAAUCGUGGAUGGAAGCAGAUUUCAUGAGUUCAAAGCCUUAUAUGGAGACACAUUAGUUACAGGAUUUGCUAGAAUAUUUGGAUACCCAAUUGGUAUCAUUGGAAAUAAUGGAGUUCUCUUUUCUGAAUCUGCAAAAAAAGGGGUUCACUUCAUCCAGUUAUGCUGCCAAAGAAAUAUCCCUCUGCUAUUCCUUCAAAACAUUACCGGAUUCAUGGUUGGAAAGGACUACGAAGCUGAAGGAAUUGCCAAGGAUGGUGCCAAGAUGGUGGCUGCCGUAGCCUGUGCCAACGUGCCUAAGAUAACUGUCAUCAUCGGGGGGUCCUACGGGGCUGGGAACUACGGGAUGUGUGGCAGAGCAUACAGCCCAAGAUUUCUUUACGUAUGGCCAAACGCUCGUAUCUCGGUGAUGGGAGGAGAGCAGGCAGCCAACGUGCUGGCCACCGUAGCCCGAGACCAGAGAGUGCGGGAAGGGAAAGAGUUCUCCAGUGCCGAUGAAGCAGCUCUGAAAGAGCCCAUCGUGAAGAGGUUUGAAGAGGAAGGAAACCCUUACUAUUCCAGUGCCAGGCUGUGGGAUGAUGGGAUUAUUGAUCCAGCGGACACCAGACUGGUCCUGGGUCUCAGUAUUAGUGCAGCCCUCAACGCACCAAUCCAGAAGACUGACUUUGGCAUCUUUAGGAUGUAACUGAAAUAUAACUCAUCUUCCACUGGGCAUGUACCAAAAAUUAAUAAAUUAGUAGCACUGAAAUUUGAGACUUUUUCAAUAUUCGACUGUUACAGUAAAAUUGUUCUCUUAGCACAGUGCAUUGUAUUUUUCUACCUUAAAAAAAUCAGUGAAGACAUGUAUUUCAUGAACCUCAAGCCCUUGUAAAUUUUUGUAGAUUUUUCUGUGACUCCACUUUACCACCCUUAAAAUGAAGAGAAUAAUUUGCAGUUAUCCUUUCUAACCCACCAGUGGUAUGACAAAUUCCAUAAACUAUAAAUUCCAGGUAUUAUCGAGACUAUUAAAUGAAGUAUUUCCACUGAAAUGAUGCCUUGUUGAUUAUGCAUGAUAAUGUAACACACUUAUUUUUUAAAAGCAGCUAUUACUUUCCCUCCAGCCAUCAUCCCAUUCCUUCCCACAGUGCACUUCUUUCUGUCUGCACUCGGAGCUCCACUUCCUACCCAUUCUUUCCACACCCUUCCCCUUGCUGGCUUCCACUGCCAGCAGCUCAUGCCAGGGUCACCAUCGACCCUCCUGUUGCUGAAAAGCACUGGGUUCUUCUGACUUUAUCUGAUUUAAUUCUCUGCAGCAUUCAGAUCAGUUGAACACUUCCACCUAGAAACACUAUUCCUAGCUUCCAUGCCGUAAUACUCGAGGUUUCCCACCAACCACUGUGGCCACUUUGUUCAGUGUCCUUCACAACCCCUCUCCCUCUGCUGAGCCCUACCCUCUUCACCCUGUCCUCAUUUUUUUGUUAGUAUUUCAUGAACACAUUCUUACUCUAAAACAUGCAAGUGAUGCAAAAGCAUUUCCUCAAUCUUUUUUUAAGUUGUGGUAAGUGUACCUACUUAAACUGUACCAUUUCAACCAUUUUUAAGUGUGCAGUUCUUAAGUGGCAUUAAGUGCAUUCACAUUGUUUGCAAACAUCACCACCAUGCACCCACAGAACUUUCUGUUGUCGCAAGCUGAAACUCAGUUGUUAAACACUAACUCCCCAUUUCUCCUCCUCCCAGCUCUUGGCACAUCUUAGUCUUAAAUGCAUGUGUUCUUCAUGGCUCGAUUGAACCUUCCUGGGCCGUUUCAUGCCUUCAAAAGGCUUCAGUUGCCAUCUGAGUGGGGAUGAUUUCUGCACUGACAGUUCCUAAUGCAGUUCUCCGUGGACCUUCAGACCUGUGUGACUACCAGAUACACUGUAUAUGUGCUCCGAUUGUGCUAUAGGAACUGCAGGUUCAGUCACCAAGUUCUAGUGAUUUUGACACCGAUCACUUGAAUUUUUGUCUUUCACAACCACAGGCAUUAGAAGUGAUGUACCUGCAUCCGGUCUUGCCUGGUCUAAUCUCCAUCACUCUGGAAUUAGGAUGUCCAUUCUAAGUGCACUUCAGGUCAUGCUGCUUCUUUACUUAAAUCUUUCACUGGUUCUCUGUAGAAUUGCCAGACCCCUCCCUAAUGCCCUCCGUGAUCAUCACCCCUUCAGUAUCCUCUCCUGAUUCCUCUUCUCACUCUUGGUGCUUCACCCAUUCGAGACUUCUAGCUCCUGGAACCGAUGAAGCCCUUCCCACCUCAGGAUCUACAAUUUUCCCUCUGCCUGGACUGUUCUAGUCUUCUUCUUAAACACAACUUCUGGUCUCUGUGACUUCCCUGGGCAGGGUUAGUCACCCAUAGUGUGCUGUUGUAAAGCACCGUGCAUUCCAUUACUUCUGUCUUACACGUUUGUGAGAAAUACACACAUUUCUCUCAUACUGCCCUCCUGCUAGCCUGUAAGCUCUGCGAGAGCGAGGAGCCUCCUGUUUGGCCUGUAUCUCCAGUGCUCGGCACUUGCAGGUGCUCAAAUAUUUGUUGAAUGAAUGAAAAAA